CCCACUCACCACGUGGGUCUCCAGGGAGACCUUCAGUUUGUGUUGAUGCAUUGCAACAUCACCCCGAGGUUGGUGGGAAAUUAGUUGCUUGACUGAUGUCCUUUAUUGAACCAGGUUACAAACAACGCACACUUGGAAGGUGCGAGUGAGAAUCUUGAGCCAUGGAGAAUGAGGAGUGCUCAAGCUCUGAUAUUCAGAGUGUCCUGUCUAUCCUGGACUCCAGAUCACCAGCCACGCAGCUGUUGGUGAAGCAGGCCGGCUUGCCGCAGGAGCCGAGCGAGGGUCGCACGGCGCUGUCCUUCCAGAUCUUGGAGGAGCUGCUGCCCCGGCUAGGAGUCUACGGCCCCGUGCUGCGCCUCGUACGAGACAAGCUGCACGCAAAGAGCACCAAAGUGUUCACGGCAUUCUUGGCAAAGGAUGAAAGAGCCAGUCAAGAGACGGUGCCAAAGGGGAGCGCGGGAUUUUUCGGGGCGAAUUCGCCAGAUGACGUCUACAGCCCACAGUUCACGUGCGAUGAUUCCGACAGUGGCAGCGCGUACUCAAGGAUCCCUUACUUCAUCCUGUACAGCAGACUGCUCGCUAACAGAAACAUCGAGGCAGAAGAGAUUCAAGGACAACUGGAUCGAGUCACGGGCGAGCUUGGAGAGAAAUGCAAUGAAAUCAGAAAUCUGCAGCUUGUGGUUGGGGAUUUCGCAAAGAAGGAGGAGUGUUUGACAGCAAGGAUUACGCAACUGGAGGGCGAGCUGGCGGAAAGAGAGAAGUGCCUGCGGAGCUCACGUGAGCGCUUCGAGUCGGAGCUGGAGGAGAGCAGGGCCGACACUGGGCAGUGCCGCGAUUUCCUGCGUGAGGCCAACGGGCAGAUGCAGAGGCUGCUGGGAGAGAGACGGUCGCUUCUGCAGUACCGGGAGGGCUUCAGCAAGCUGGAAGCCGCAUUUCAAUUUCCUGCAGAAGAGAACAAUGGGAGCUCAAGCUGCGAGCAGCCCACCAGCAGCAGACAAGCUGUGCUGGCGUCUAAGAAGAACCAUCUGCUGAGUGAUAUUGAGAUGAGCCGGCAGUUGGAACAUCAAAUAUUAUCAACUCAUCACCAACUUAUGGACGAAUACGAAGAAUACCUGGACAUUCGACUUCGACAAUGGCUGAUGCCGGGAGCUCAAGACGUGGAAGCGCUCCCAGAAAAUCUGGCCAAAGUUUUUCCUCCGUUGCCCGACGAUGAUGAGGGCGUGCGCAAGCGCGGCGCGUUCCGCGGCGCGGCGGCGGAACUGAGCCUGGAGCGCGGCCUCCUGAGACGGCACCGCGAGAGCCUGGAGCACGAGCUGAGCCUCCUGGAGGAUUGCGCGGAGCAGGAACGACAGAAACACAUUAUGAAGCUGAGGGCAACUGACAGCGCUGGAAAUUUAAACCCAGGCGCUGGCGUGGCGGAGACGGGAAGUCCCGUGGAGCUGUUUGCCGACCCGCUGUGCGCCGAGGAGCGGCCGCUGAGUCGAUACGCCGGCACUGUGCUCGUGUCGCCGGAUGGAGGGCUCACCUUCCGCGAGCUGCCCCAGGCGACGCACUGCCGCUCCUGUGCUCAACGGACACUCUUCUGCCCGCACAAGCUGAUGCCCGACCACCGCGUCAUCCAGCUGCCUGAAAACUGCCGCUGCAUCAUGAUCGCUCGACCCUCCGCCCUCAUCCCUGCGGCCCGCUCGACCGCUGGCGGUGGCGGCAAGAGAGACGGGUCUCCCACCGGCCGGUCUUUGCCAGGGCAAGGCGCAGGCCUUGCCGCCGCUGAUGUGGCAGCGCCCUCCGAAGAUCGACCGCCGGUACCUGGCCUCACGCACCGCCCCUUGGAAGACCACCAGGAUGAAUCGUUUGAGUGUAUCUGGAAGGAAUUCAAGAAAAGGCACCAAGAAAUUAACGAGCUUCCAAGAAACAUAACUUUGGAGCGCUGCUUGUUUCUGGUGGAGCAGUUUGUGGCCACGUUGCUGUGGAAUGACGACGCGAGCCGUGCCGGCGCUCCCAGUCCGUCUGUCCUGGGCUGCCUGUGGAAGUUCAUCGCUGAGCGCUACACGGACGAGCUGGAGGGAGAGGCCGCCCACCAUUUCCUCAGCGCGGUUACGAAGCACGGCGCCUCCAACAAGCUGUGCAGGGUUUUCGCGCUGGCGCUGAGCGGCGCUCUGGACGGAGCCGCCGUGCGCUACGCGAGCCUCCUCGCCGAGGCGGCGGGCUGCGUGACGUGGGGCGGCGUCGUGGAUUUCUACGAGCUCGCGUCCGCGCUCUACCCCUUCCUGCAGGAGGAGGAUUUGGACGAGCUGGCGAUGGGAUUUGCCGCGUUCAGCGAAAACUCCUUCACCGAGCGGCUCGUGCUGGAGUUCCUGCUGCAGCGCGUCAUUGGGAACGCGGAUCCGGCCUUCGCGGAGUGGGAGUCCAGGCUUGCGGUGCAUGCUGGGAAGGGGGUGGGUCACAUGACGGUGGCGGAGCUGGCAGGUGCCCUGGAGGGCUCCCCAUUGGCUGGCGGGGAAGAGCUGUGGCGCCACCUGAUGCAGCAGACGGCUGCCCGGCUGCACAGCGGGAACAUCCCCCUGCAGAACGUGGCUCAAAUCAUGACGUAUCUCUCCCUGUUGCAAGAAAUCCCGACGCUGAGAGGGAGGUUUAAGCAGCAACACCCUGGUGUCGGGGUGGAGGCGGAGAGGACGGUGGAAGGUGAAAAGGCGACCCUGUUUUCCUUGGAACAAGACAGGGGUCGUCCUAUGACCUAUUCUCGCCUUCGGCGUAUCGGGCUUCACCUGGCCAGGCAAAGGGAAGCUAUCCAGACGUAGGAGGAUUACCGAACGAAUGGCUGCACCGAACACACACGUUCAAGACAAAAAACUAAAUUACGGAGAUGCAAAUAAAAACAACGAUCGUGUUUUCGCCUUGUAACGUGCCAGGAAGAUUGUCUGUAAACACACAUUUUAUCAAGUGAUGGAUCUGGGGAGGUGGAUGUUUACAUUUGCCGUGCA